GCUUGUUGCGAGUCGGUCGUCUCGUUUCUGGGCACCGACCUAUUUUCGUUCUUCGUGUUCAUCCGCGAAAACGCCGCAUAUUUUCUUCUCGUUGACCGUUCACAUUUCGCGGUGCUUCUUGUGCGGGUGACCAUAUUAUGUGUUAUUGGUGAUUUUUUUUAAAAUAGUGUUGGAAAAUGGAUGCGUGGGGUACACUGGAUAUAGGGGCGGCUGCGAUCGUCAGGGAUGAUUUGAACGCCAGCGGCAGAAGAACGAGAAAGGCUACGACAAUAGAAAAAUUGCCAGACAAAGUCCUCCUCCACAUCUUCAGCUACCUAAGUCACAAAGAAAUCUCCCGCAUGGCCAGAGUCUGUAAGCGAUGGAGACUGGUUGCCUACGACACUAAAUUAUGGAAAAACGUGUCCCUACGUCCGGAAAUAUCCGGUUUACAUGUCGGUUCAUUGGAAUCUCUUCUCGCACUGAUCAGCAUCCGAUUUGGACCGUCUCUGAGAUACAUUGAAUUGCCAAUUGAAUUGAUAACACACACGGUUUUGCACGAGCUGGCCAACAAGUGUCCCAAUUUGACGCACAUGCUGUUGGAUUUCUCCACUGCGAUGCAGCUGCACGAUUUCAGUGAGCUUCAAGCUUUUCCCACUAAAUUAAAGUACUUGUGUAUUUGUUUGUCUGAAGUCAUAUUUAUGGAAGGCUUCAUGAGGAAAAUAUAUAACUUCAUCAACGGUUUGGAGAUAUUGCACUUGAUCGGUACUUAUGAGAAAGUAGAGGAGGAAGAGGAGGAAAUUUACGAAGUUAUCAACGUCCACAAACUCAAAUCAGCCACUCCCAACUUAAGAGUCAUUAAUUUGUAUGGCAUUAAUUUCGUGGAUGACAGUCACAUCGAUGCUUUCAGCUCCAAUUGCAUCCAGUUGGAAUGUCUUGCUGUCAACUACUGUUCUAAAGUAACAGGCUCAACACUAAAAACCCUGAUUCAAAGAAGCAGAAGGCUAAAGUGUCUGUUAAUGAAUGGAACCAAUUUGAAUAGCGAUUACUUCAUGCAAGUGGAGUGGGAAAAGUCCAAUUUGCAAGAGCUGGACAUAACAGCAACAGAUUUAAACAGUGACGCCCUUACGGACAUGCUAACGAGAUUACCUGGGUUGCGAUUCUUAAGUGCCGGGCAACUGAACGGCUUCAACGACUCAGUUUUGAAGGCUUAUCAGGAGUCAGGAAACUCCAGACACUUGGUGGCUUUAGACCUGGACAGCUCCGACAAUCUGUCGGAAGACGCCAUUUACAAAUUCUUGUGCAAGCACGGCCACCAAUUGUGGGGUCUCGGAUUGUCUGGUAUGACCCACAUUACUGAUCAAUUGUGGCAAUCCAUCUUGCCCAUUUUAACCAACGCCAAGAUACUAGUGUUGGGUACGCAGGAAAGAUUAGGUGUUAACAUCCUGGUCGACCAGUUGAUGGACAGCAUUGCCAGAAAUUGCCCGAUUUUGGAACGGAUUGAGCUCAGAUGGGAUCCGGAGAACCUAAGAUUUUCGGACAAGAGUCAAAAGGCAAUCGACACGAUGCGUGUCAAGUGUCUUAAAUUAAAAUGCUUAUGUUUAAGUGAUGGUAGGUACUACGAAAUUGUCAAAGCAAAUUUCGAAAGAGCGGAUCGAAUGACGGUGGUGAGAACUCUUACUAAUUGUAGAGUGUCCAAUUAUUACUUACUGUCCAAUUAUAAAGAUCUUAUUUUUAAUUAACAUAUCUUUAAUCCAUAUCAGAUUUAUUGGGAAAGAAGUGCCUUCUAGUAUUAUAAUCAAAUAUGAUUAUGUGUGAUUUUACUAAAAUUUGUACAUACAAUAAUAUUAGAAAUAAAAUCAUUUGCAAUUCACAA